AUGCCUUUUCGUAAGGUUAAAGAAAUAAUAUUCAUUGGAACAGGAACUUCUUCGGGCGUUCCUACCGUCGCUUGUCUAACUGAUCCCGAAAAAAGCUGUAAAACUUGUAUGUCGACUUUAACGUCUGAAGGAGAAGUUAAUAUUAGAAGAAAUACAAGUUUACUGGUUAGAGUUAAUCAUGAAGAUGGUAGAGUUAGGAAUAUCGUAAUCGAUUGUGGCAAGACAUUCUAUGUUUCUGCACUAAAAUGGUGGCCAUAUCAUGAGUUGCGUAAUUUGGAUGCAUUGAUAUUGACACACCCGCAUGCGGAUGCAAUUAACGGAUUAGAUGAUUUAAGAGCUUGGACAUUACGUAAAGUUAUACAAGAAUAUAUCCCAGUUUAUUUAACUAGUAUUACUUUUGAAACUAUUCAAACUCUUUUUCCUUAUCUUGUUGAUUCAAAACAAGCAUCUGGUGGAGGUGAUUUACCUGCUUUUAAAUGGAAUAUUAUUGAUAUAAAUCACCCAUUCACCGUCGAAGGAUUAGAAUUCACCCCUCUACCAGCUCAUCACGGAAAAUACUUUACAACAGAUGAACCAUACAUUUAUGUCGGUUACAGAUUUGAAAACAUUUCGUACAUUUCAGAUUGUAAUUUUAUACCAGACGAUACAUUAACUAAAAUGCAAGGAAGCGAUAUAAUGAUAUUAGAUUCAUUAGAUUAUAAAGAACAUCCAUCUCAUUUUUCAAUAAAUCAAGCAAUAAAUAUUUCAAGAAAUUCAAAUCCGGUACCAAAACGAACAUACCUUGUAGGUUUUUCUCAUGGUGUGAACCAUUCUGAAUUAAUUAAUGAAAUGAAGCAAUUACAGUUAAAUGAACCUUUAUUAUGGGUUAGGCCCGCUCAUGAUGGAUUGAAAGUUAGAGAAAAGACCGACUGGAACUUAGAUCUCGAAGAAUUUUUCAUUUUAGAGAUUAAACGCGUUUUACGUCAUACUGAUCCAAUACAAGAACCCAUACAAGAAAAAGAAUUAGCGAAACAAGAAGUAGCAAAGCAAGAAGAACCCGCCCUUCCUCCCGACUUCUUUGAUAAUUCCUCAUUAAAUAAUUCUUCUACAAAAGAUUCUACUACAAUGGAAAUUGAUGAACAAGAAUGGAUAAAUUUUCAAAAAGAAAUUUCAAAAGAAACUCAAGUGAGUAAUCAAAUUGCCAAUGCUGAUGACGAAGAAUUACAAAGAGAUAGAGAUGAAAUGCAAGAACGGGAGCAAGAAUUUUGUUUAGCAAGGUUAGAAAAAUUAAAAGAAGUUGCCAAACGUGUGAAAGAGAUUCGUGAUAAUAAUAUGAAAAGCGAAAAGAAAUGGAUGGAUUGGAGAGCACAAAAAAUUUUGUAA